AUGUACGUGAAUAACUGGGCCGGACUCUACGCGUAUCAAACCAUCUGCAAUCCACGGUCCUACGUGGUCUCAACGCACAGCGCUUAUCGGACGACCUUCUCCCAAGCCGUCUCCAGACGCUCCCAAGUCUCACAAGCACUCCCAACUCACUGCGUCUUGCAAACGCGUACUCUCCCCCUCUCAUCUGCUCGCAACACCUCGCAAUGGCACCCGUCGAUCCGCGAGUCAAGGCCAUACUCGCGCGGCACUUCCAGCAUUCCGCGACGUCUGUGCGGUAACGGAGCCGUGCCCCUGCAGCAGGCGGUGAACCACAUCACCGUGGUCGGACUGGACGGGCGUAACACAGGCGUCCUGUACAACUACUGCCCUGUUGACGAAGGAACAAACGCCUGCUUCACCACGAUCAGCACGAUCCAAGCCGAUCCGCAACGCGUAAUCGCUGGCCAACGGCACAUCAGAGCCCUGAACCCGCCGGCGUUGCAAGAUCGCUGGUUACUCAUGGGCGGUGACCGCGAAUGGAGCGACUUUUGGGUGCCGGAGUGUCUGGAGAGGAGUGAGGCAACUGCCGUGGUGGAGGCGGUUGUGUUUUACAAGGACGGUGUAGAUCCGCUGCUUCUUCCUCUCCUGUGUCGCGUCCAUGACACGGAGAUCGAAGUGCCGAUCGUGCAGCCGAUCACCCAGCAGGCCCUGCCCGACCUCAACUACUGGCAGAACCCGUUGGGCGUCGUGUUCUACGACGUUUACGACGAUGCGCGCGUCACGCUUGCGGCGCGCGCGGAAGACUACGCACUGGGUCGCAUCGCGCUGCCACCCAUGUGCUCGAUGAAGGCCGAGCUCUACGACGCGCCGUUCAUCUUGCCGACCGGGCUUCCACAGCGUCGCUGCCGGAUCGACGCGAGGUGGCGAAGUACGGACCUCGGAUUUCCCUGGGGUCGGAUUCUUGAACGGCCGCAGAUCGGGCAGCCCGGCUGCGCCGUGAUUCUGGCGGGCACUGGCGGGCGGAACGUGUGGCUGAGUUCGGGGACGGGCGUCACCCAGCGCUUGAGACUUAGCGCCAGCGGUCGUUUGUCUCUCAAGACUCUCAACCUCUAUCCUACUCUCAACACGCUCUACCACGUCUCUCUGCUUUCUUCGCCAUGUCUCGACCCGAUCCUCGCGUUCUUCAACUACUCGCGCCUCGCCUACCGUCGUUCGGAGCUGCUGCUCACCACUCGCGGCAAUGCGUGGUGGGACCGGAGAUCGCACACGUUACGGUCUAACGUCCAGGGAAAUCGGGCGGAGAUCAAGCUUGCGCUCAAGGAAAUCCUCGCGCUGAGCCCGCCCGCCAAACUAGGAGGGUGGGUCCUGCUGGGGUCGAUGAUCGAGACCCACCUGGGUGCUCUGAUUCCCCCGUGUCUGCGUGCGCCGGGUCGGAAGGUGGUGGUGGACACCGUUAUUUUUGCCAAGGACUCGCACGACCCGGUGUCGCUCCCGCUUAUCUGGGAGGAGCUGGGCAAUGAGAUCGAGCUGUCGUUCAACCAGCCGCUGACUGUACAGUUUUUCCGCGGGCUAAACGAAUGGAAGGGCGUUGCGCAAGGGGGCCGCACCACUUUCGACUUUUACAAUGUGUACUCGAACACGUUCAUCCCUACCGCUGUGAACGGCACGCAAAUUCCGUUCCGCCUUCCCUUCCCCCUCCCACACAUCCCCGUCUUCAAGGAGUCGUCAGUGACGGUGGCUCGCCAUGCGGAACGGUACAGCUUCGGUACCCAACGCAUCUACCCCUUCGACUCCAUGAAGAUGACCUUCAUGCCGGUGGAUUUCGACAUCGUCUGGCCCGUGGACGUCCCGCAAGGCAGCGAGUAUCUGCAUGCCGAAUGGCGUGUUGAGUGUUGGGGCGCCCCUGAAGGCAUAGUGGCCAUACGGCCUCUCAUCGGCGAUGACGGCUGCGAGGUGAGACGGGUCGGUGGUCCCGUUCCCGAGGAGGUGGUUGCGGGGCGAGAUGUCGGAGAGAUCAAUGCGCCGGCGACGGAGGACGAUUCCGAGGUGGAAAUAUGGGAGAUUACUGAGGAUGGUAAUAUUCCCAUUGUUCCUGAGGUUUGGGAAGUCGUGCGGGGCACCGGUGAGGAAAUACCGUACUAUGUGUAG